AUGACCGAGGAUCACCAAAAAAACAAACCCGAGCCGGCCGAUGAUUUGAAGGAGAUCACCAAUCAACCCAACUCUACGGCUCUGAAGGAUAACCAGCAGCGGAUGGCAGCGGUGCCAACGACUUAUACCAGCGGUGGCAAUCUUCUAUUUCAUGUCACCCAGCUAGCGACGGCCAGAAAAGACCACGUCACUUUCUGGUCCCUUCCCCGCGAGGUCCGCGACCUGAUCUGGAGCGAGGUUCUCGGCUCCGAAGAUGACAUCUUCCAAGCCAACGUGAUAACAUCCGUCUGCCACAGGAAAUCCAAGGCAAGAGCUCCUGCCCCUGCGAACGGGUACGAGACCCUCCGGCCUGCAAGAAGAGAUGAUGGCCGUUUCACCAGGACCACUUAUGCCGAUAUCUUGCUGAGCAGCCGACCUCCAUUACCGCUGGCCCAUCUAUGUCAAGAAUCGCGCGCCUUUGCAUUGCAAAAGUACGAUGCGGCAUACAGCAAGGCCAGAGGUCCGGACCUAAAUCAAGAAAGGGGAAGUCGAUUCCGAUGGCUGUCCAGAUACGCCGCACGUAUAAUGACAAUCAAAAUCCCAGACUUGGAUUAUAACGUGGCGGACAUUAAAGUGCCUCUUGAGGAGGAUGAGCCUUUGAUCGUUGUCUGUUGGCCAGAACUAAAUUAUAAUGGGCUACCACCAGGAAAUCUGGAAACAGAGGUAGACCGCCUCAAAUUAAAUGCGUUGCUUGAGCUGCUGAAGAAGGCAAAGGAUUACCAGAUCAUGAUAUGUGUUGACACCACAUUGUCGGAUCCCUUCCUCGUCGAUCGGAACAUAGCUCGGAAUUGGGGAGUCUUUGCGGAUCGAGCGUCUGGUGAAGACUUUGCAGAAAAUAGAGCCAACAAACUUCUUCGAGACCUCAACAGGAGAGGUCGCACGGUGGACAUGAGAGGGUUGGGCUUAAGUCGACACAUCAUUCGUGGGAAUACCACAUGGAUGGCGCCUCGGAUGGGUCUUCUCGCGCCCAUAAUUAAGAGUGGUUUCCUGCCGUACUUCACAGAAGAUGGUUUUCGGCGUCUGGAAGAAGAGGAGCUUUUUCCCAAUGGGUACAAAUGGACGAACCUGAAAGACCGAGAGUGGUUGCAAAAGGCACUCUUGCAGUUUCUGGAGCCUUUCGAGAAGUUGUGGGCGGAAAAUGUCAAUGAAAAGGAAACAUCGUCCCAGUCGCGGUACGGACGGAUGCCUAAGAUAGGGCUUGUUUUUGAGUAUGACAUUGGCCUCACGUGGUCUGCUUUUCAGCGUGAGAUUGCUAGGGAACAUCGAUUAGCUUGGGGAUAA